CUCGGGCGCAUACGUCUCUGCCUGACGCAUUUUGCCGCACAAGCUGUAAUAUGGCGGCAGCAACAGCGGCCUGAACUCCGAGGAACUGGGGUGGUUUCUGAUGCUUCAAAAUCGUAGUCUAUGUCUGUAGUCUACUGGAGGGUUGAAAGGAGCAAAAAGAUUGGAUUUUUCUCUAUUUAAAGGUUGAAGUACUGAAGCCAUGGGAAUAAAGGUUCAGCGUCCUCGAUGCUUUUUUGACAUUGCCAUUAAUAAUCAACCUGCUGGAAGAGUUGUCUUUGAAUUAUUUUCUGAUGUGUGCCCCAAAACAUGCGAGAACUUUCGUUGUCUUUGUACAGGUGAAAAAGGGACAGGGAAAUCUACUCAGAAGCCAUUACACUAUAAGAGUUGUCUCUUUCACAGAGUUGUCAAAGAUUUUAUGGUUCAAGGUGGUGACUUCAGUGAAGGAAAUGGGCGAGGAGGAGAAUCUAUUUACGGCGGAUUUUUUGAAGAUGAAAGUUUUGCUGUCAAACACAACAAAGAAUUUCUUUUGUCAAUGGCCAACAGAGGGAAGGAUACAAAUGGUUCACAAUUCUUCAUAACAACGAAACCAACUCCUCAUUUAGAUGGCCAUCAUGUUGUUUUUGGUCAAGUGAUUUCCGGUCAAGAAGUUGUAAGAGAGAUAGAAAACCAGAAAACAGACGCAGCUAGCAAACCAUUUGCUGAGGUGCGGAUACUCAGUUGUGGAGAGCUAAUUCCCAAAUCUAAAGCUAAGAAGGAAGAGAAGAAAAGGCAUAAAUCAUCAUCUUCCUCAUCAUCCAGUGACUCAGAUAGCUCCAGUGAUUCUCAGUCCUCUUCUGAUUCUUCUGAUUCUGAUAGUGCUUCUGAAGAGAAAUCAAAAAAAAGAAAAAAGAAACAUAGGAAAAAUUCCCGAAAACACAAGAAAGAAAAGAAGAAGCGAAAGAAAAACAAGAAAAGCGCAUCUAGUGAAAGUGAGGCUGAAAAUCUUGAAGCACAACCCCAGUCUACUGUCCGUCCGGAAGAGAUCCCUCCUAUACCUGAAAAUAGAUUCCUAAUGAGAAAAAGUCCUCCUAAAGCUGAUGAAAAAGAAAGAAAAAACAGAGAGAGAGAGAGAGAGAGAGAGUGUAAUCCACCUAACUCCCAGCCUACUUCGUACCAGAGGCGACUUUUAGUUACUAGGUCUGGCAGGAAAAUCAAAGGAAGAGGACCAAGGCGCUAUCGAACUCCUUCUAGGUCCAGAUCAAGGGAUCGUUUCAGACGUAGUGAGACUCCUCCACAUUGGAGGCAAGAGAUGCAGAGAGCUCAAAGAAUGAGGGUGUCAAGUGGUGAAAGAUGGAUCAAAGGGGAUAAGAGUGAGUUAAAUGAAAUAAAAGAAAAUCAAAGAAGCCCAGUUAGAGUAAAAGAGAAAAAAAUACCUGAUCACAGGCAUGUGUCGGAGAGUCCAAACAGGAAAAGUGAAAAGGAAAGGAAAGUUAGGGACCAUGAAUCUAACAGCAAAGAGAGAGACAUCAGGAGAAAUUCAGAGAAAGAUGAUAAAUAUAAUAAAAACAAGGUGAAGAAAAGGGCCAAAUCCAAAAGUAGGAGUAAGAGCAAGGAGAAAUCAAAGAGUAAAGAGAGAGAUACAAAGCAUAGUAGACAUGAAGAAAGGAGGGUGAGGUCGAGGAGUAAGGAAAGGGAUCAUGAGAAUGUUAAAGAAAAAGAAAAGUCUGAUUCUAAAGGAAAAGAUCAGGAAAGGAGUAGAAGUAAAGAGAAGUCUAAGCAGUUAGACACAAAAGGUAAUGAACAUGAUCGUAAUAAAAGUAAGGAAAAGGACAGAUAUGCACAGUCUAGGAGUAGAGAACGGGAUAUAGCGAAAGGCAAGCACAGUUAUAACAGCAGAACAAGGGAACGGAGCAGAAGUAGGGACAGGGGCAGAAGAGCACGAUCCAGAAGCCAUGACCGAGAUAGAAGCAGAAGCAAGGAGUACUAUAGAUACAGAGAACAGGAAUACAGGAGAAGGGGAAGGUCACGAAGCCGAGAGAGAAGAGCCACCCCAGGAAGAUCCAGAAGUAAAGACGGGAAGAGGAGGAGGAGAGAUUCGCGGAGCUCAGAAAGAGAAGAAAGUCAAAGCAGAAAUAAAGAGAAAUAUAGAAACCAAGAAAGUAAGAGUUCACACAGAAAAGAAAAUUCUGAGGGUGAGAAGAGAAUGUACUCUAAAAAUCGUGAUCAUAGUAGCUCAACUAGUAACAGGGAAAAAAAAGGUGAUAGAGAUCAAAGUCCAUUCUCAAAAACAAAACAAAGUAGUCAGGACAAUGAAUUAAAGUUCUCUACAUGGAAAAAUAAGGAGGAUGAGAAGACCAGAUCCUCAGUGGAAAAAGAAAACCAGAAAUCAAAGGGUCAAGAAAAUGACCACAUACAUGAUAAAAAUAAAAAAUUCAAUCAUGAAUCAAGUCCUGGAACAGAUGAAGACAAAAGUGGAUGAGCGAGUCACAUGAGCUUCUCUCGGUGUCUCAGAUUUUAAGUUUUAGAGACUUGCUGAUGAAUCUCCUCUAUGUUGUUUUCCUCUCUCUAUUGUUUUUGGGUUGUUUUAUGUUCUUUUUCUUUUUUUUUUAAUGUGGACUUUAUUGAGUUGAUCUUUUGAUAAUCUGCAACCUGGAUAAUUUGUACUGCUAAAGUUUUAAUAAACUUGAAAUGAGAAAAACACUUUGGUGUAAUACUGUGUGCUGUGUUUAACUACUUCAUGUAUGCAUUUUUUGUGUUGCAACAAUCAGCCAAUGGCAAACAUGCUGUUCUACACCCUAGUUUGUUUGAUCAGCCAGUUGGACACAAGCAUAACUGAUUGUUGGAAUACAUUGUUAAAAAAGCUUGUGUUUCUCAUAAUUAAAGUAACUUUAGCAGCUCCUAGGUAGAAGAAAUCUUGUGUAGAUUUUCUCAUUGUAUUUAUAAUAGAGGCUUGCUGUAACAACUUAAUUACACAGAAGCAGAACCCUAAUAACUUGAAAUCUUAAGUCAUCAUUUUUGAUUUUAUAGUAAUUUGUGCUUUAAGAUAGAUAAUAUUUAGUAAUUAUUGUACUUCGUAUGUUACUCUUUACAGUUUCAUCUGUAGCUUGUUUCAUAUUAAUAUUUUUCCUGUCUAAACUGCCUUCAAAAAUAGUUGUUUUCUUUUCACUUGAUGUUCUGAUUGAGCUUGACUUGCUGUUAGACAGCAGCAUCUAGCAAGAACUAUACCUUGAAAGAUCAGAUUGUAAUUCUCAAUUCUGUGUGCUUUUGGUCUGAAAAGAUGAAACUUUUGCUUUUGGGGAACACUUUUUAUUACUAUUAUUGUUACCCUUCUUUAAAAUGAAAAAAGUACAUUUCUUACUAAAACUUACCACUUGUGCAGGUUUUAAGUUAGAUUCUAAAAAUCGUUAGUAUUGACACAUUAACUUUCAAGAUUUCUCUUUUUGGCCACUGACCUAUAUAGAGUUGUCAUCUCUGCAUGAUUGUUGUUUUUUGUUUUUUUUAACUUGAACUGACUUCUCUAACUCUCAUAGCUGUGGGUUUGAAAGGGGGAAAAAAAGCGUCUUUCUAUAUAUGUAUCACAGUAAGCUAUAGCAUGUUUAUGACUCUGGUUUCUUUCUAUUCAGGUGGUUCUAUAUCCUUUGUGUUAACACUGUUAUAACUUGGCAUGUCUAACAUUGCCGUGUAGAAUACAAAGUUACAAAAUUUCAUAGCUUGCAGAGUUAAAAUACCAAAAUCCAUUUAGAAUUGUGCGUUGUAUAUUGCUAUUUUUGUGAUGUGUGGCCUUUUUUCCCUGUAAUUUCUCUUUUAAAUAAAAUAUUGAACAUACAGCAAACACAAAACCUGCCUCAUUUGAAAAGAAAUUUCAGAAUUCCAAUUAAUAGUAGCCAGUAGACUGUUUUGUACUUUAAAUAUUUGUCAGUAUGGUGUCAACUAUACACCUAGGUAGCUUCUUGGUAAACCUAGUAGCUAUUCAAUGCUGUUUGUACUGAGCAAAGCAAUGCUUAACCCAUUAUUGAUGAAAACUUUGGCAUUGUGGUAGCUGUUUGCAUAAUGAAUAGCGUCAUGAUUAUAAGAUUGGAUUAUCUCGAAACAUCCACAGUGGACUCCAAAUUUUUUUUAAUGAUAAAAAAAAGUAGAUGUUUAUUAUAAUAAUCCAGGCUGAUUGAUUCCUUAGACUUUGACCACAGAUCAACCUGAGAGAUAAUUGAGUCUUGGGUGCCCAAGCUGUAUAAUCUGUUGCAUAUUUUUAAUUAUUGUUUUAAAUUCAGUAAGCUGCAUUUUAAAAAUCGUUGUUACAAACUAUUUGACCUUCAAGAAAGGUGCUAUUUAAGAAAGGAUUUCUAACAAACAGUUAAUAAAAAAAAUAUAUAAAAACCCAUGCUAAGUAAAAAUAUUUCUGUUAUCUGAUCCCAGAGCUUUAUCUACUAAGAAUUAUUAAGUAACCAUAAGGGAAAAAAAAUAAUUUCUGUAAGUAGUAUUCGCCUGUUUUGGUUAUAAAAAGAGCAACUCCAUGCUAAGCUUUAUUUAUAGGCCUUUUUAAAAAAGCUUUUUAGCUAUUUUUACAGUAGAACAUAAUAGUGAAGGAGUUGAGAGAUGACAAUCAGCUAGAUUUUAUUUUCAGAAUUUAAACAGCAUUAACUGAACCUCAAGUCUGCCUUUGCUUAUGAAUAGCACAUGACUCAAAUGGUCCUUUCCUAACAUUAUUGUGUUUUUAAUAGUUGUGCCACCUUUAGUUUUUACUUUGAACAUAACUAUUUUCCUGAAAGUCAACAAUUUAAUUCUUUCCUGUCAAGUUGAUCUUACAGUUCUGUCAGAGUUUUCAGUUGACUUCACAGUACCUUUAGUUUAAUAUCCUCUUAAAGAUAUUUAAACUUGUUUACUUGAUUGCUUGAUUAGCAAUAUCAGAUUUUUUUUCAUGAUUGCUAUUUUAUGUACAUCAUUUUUCUGGGUAAAUAUCUGCCAGAGAAAUUAACAUUAGAGAGAAAUGUUAAUGAACAGUGUAGAGAAGCUACUGGGUUGCAUUAAAACAUUUUUAAUAACGCUCUUGUUAGUUUUUAAGAGCAUUGUAGUUUCUAAGUUCCUUAAUGAAAUCCCUCAUAAAAGUUUCAAAAGAAUUUGAUAAAUCCGUCUGCACAAGGGUGAUAUUCAUAUUGGCUUUGCUUGAAUGGCCUUUGAUGCUUGUACCCAGUGAAAAGUAUGAAACUGAAAAGUACAAAUUUCUUAGUAUUAUGGACAGGAACACAUUGGGUUGCUGGUCUUUGGGUAUUGCUAUUACACGAUUCUAAUUUGUUCUCAGGUCAGUAUGUGGAAGAAGUUGGUAUGCUCUUAGUAGUUCAUUGUGCUUUACUGGCAAUUUUCAUCCACUUUAAACAUUUUAUAGUUUAUAUAGUUCUAUAGGAAUGUGUUUGUUUACCUUCACCAGAAGCUAUUUAAAUGUAUACCAUAUAGUUGAUUGUUACAAAGAAACAAAAUGGAUAACUUUUCUGUCUCCUUUUGGUCAUAUUUACUGUAGUUUAGCAUUCAUUUACAGUUGGAUAAACUCUCCAAGGAUUAUAGGUUUAUAACUUGUUUAUUAUGAAAAGAUGUGUUCUGUUAUAAAUACUCAUUUAAAAAAUUAAUGAAAAUAAACUUCCGGAAGCGCAGCAUUGGCUGAUUCUUCUCUGUAGUGGGUUUCCCAGCUGCCUUUAAACGAUGCAGGCCAACUCUGGCCUGUGGUGUGACACGAGAAGUGAAUAUUAAAGGAAAACAAAAAGUUCCAUCAGUAAGAUUGGAGAAGGGAGUUGUUUUUUCUUUUUAAAUACAGGACUGAAUGGUGGGGUUGAUUUGUGUUUCUGCCUUUUUUUUUUUUUAAGCAAAUUCCUAUGUUACCAAAAAUACGUGGCUGUAUAUUUUAUUCCUCUUUUGUGUGCUUGUAGUAUUUUGAAGGAUUGAUAAAUGAACCAGGUGUUUUUGUAUGUGGGGAUGUUGGAAGUUAUGGAAGGGAAAAACAAAUGAAGUUAAUGUACUGCUUUUCCUUGCUCAGAAGUCACUGUGAUGUAUAUUUUUUUAAUGAAAUUGAGGAAUAAAGUUGUCACAAUUGUAUGAUUAGUUUGAAAAUGCUGUUUCUCUUGUCAGUAACUUUUCUGCAAAAAGCAUUGUACAGAAUUUAAGCCCUGAAACUGUAUCAACUUUUAUAGCUCAACAUUGUAUUAAAUAAACUAUAUUAUAACAGUU